AUGGAGUUUGUUUACUAUUGUUUCAUGGUUUUGUGUUUGUUCCAGAUUCCUUAUCCUGUCGUAGGAAUCCAAAGGAACUACAUCGUCUACUUGGGAUCUCAUUCACAUGAUGGCAGUGGCACGACUACUGCUCAAUCCUAUCAUCCUGAUGAUUCUCAUAGAGUCCAGGCUAUCACAGAAUCUCACCACAAUCUUCUUGGAUCCUUCCUAGGAAAUGAGAAAGCGAGAGAGGCAAUUGGAUACUCAUACACUUGGAACAUCAAUGGCUUCACUGCCAAGCUUGAUGAGGCAGAAGCUGCUGAAAUCGCCAAACACCCAGAUGUGGUAUCAGUUUUCUUGGACCAAGGAAGGAAGCUGCACACGACAAGAUCAUGGGACUACUUGUCAUUGGAGAAGAAUGGUGCAGGUCACCCUGGACCUUUGUGGAAGGCAGCCAAAUUUGGUGAAGGCACAAUCAUAGCCACUUUGGAUACUGGGGUCUGGCCUGAAUCAAAGAGCUUUGAUGAUGAAGGAUAUGGUCCUGUCCCAUCCAAAUGGAAAGGGAUAUGCCAGAACAACACCAAGGCUGGAGUCCCUUGUAACAGGAAGUUAAUUGGUGCAAGGUUCUUCAGCAAAGGCUACAUUCAAGCUGGUGGGAAUCCAACCAACGAGUCCUUCCUCUCAGCCCGUGACUCUCAAGGCCAUGGCACGCACACCUUGUCCACCGCGGGGGGGAAUUUCGUCCCUCGGGCCAAGAUCCUCGGCGCAGUGAAGGGAACAGCAAAAGGUGGUGCCCCUAGAGCCAGAGUGGCGGCCUACAAGGUCUGCUGGCCGCCGAUCAACGAGAGCGAGUGCUUUGAUUCUGACAUCUUGGCUGCAUUCGAUGCGGCUAUCCACGACGGUGUCGACGUGAUCUCUGUCUCUCUUGGUGGGGGUGCAUACGAGUACUUCGAGGAUGCCAUAGCCAUUGGCUCGUUCCAUGCCGUCAAGAAGGGUGUUCUUGUUUCUUGCUCUGCAGGUAACUCUGGCCCUUUGCCUGGAACGGUGUCGAACCUCGCACCUUGGAUCACUACUGUUGCGGCAAGUACCUUGGACAGGAAGUUUGAAUCCUCUGUUCAGCUUGACAAUGGCUUGACACUCAAGGGAGAAAGUCUCUCAGGUUCUUUGCCAAAAAACAAGACGUACCCACUUCUUUCCGCGGCUCAAGCUAAAGCUGCCCACGCAACUGUUAAAGACGCCCUUUUGUGCAAACCUAAGACAUUGGAUCCUAAGAAGGCAAAAGGAAAGAUCUUAGCUUGCUUGAGGGGAGACAAUGGAAGGGUAGAGAAGGGUAAAAUAGCUGCCAUGGCAGGUGCUGCUGGGAUGAUCCUUUGUAAUGAUAAGAUUAAUGGUGAUGCUGAUCUCACUGCUGAUCCUCAUUUUUUGCCUGCCACUCAAAUUGGCUACAAAGAUGGUGUUGCAGUUUUCCAUUACAUCAAUUCUACCAAACAUCCUAAGGCAUACAUCACUCCCUCAACUUCAGCGGUGAACAUAAAGCCUGCUCCAGUCAUGGCAGAUUUCUCCUCCAAGGGACCUAAUACCAUCACACCUUACAUCCUCAAGCCCGAUAUCACUGCUCCUGGAGUGAACAUCAUCGCAGCCUACACAGAAGCCAAGCCCAAAAACCAAAACGAAGAUCCUCGCAAGUUCCCUUACAAUAUCCUCUCUGGCACAUCCAUGUCGUGUCCUCAUGUAUCGGGAGUCUUCGGUCUUCUUAAGGCACUCCACCCUCAUUGGAGCCCCUCCGCCAUUCGAUCUGCUAUCAUGACCACUGCUAGAACAAGGGAUAAUGCUCGUAAUCCGAUCCUCGAUUCCACCCUAGAGAAGGCCACACCAUUUAGUUACGGGUCAGGACACAUCAGGCCGAACCGUGCAAUGGACCCUGGCCUAGUCUAUGACUUGACCAUCAGUGACUACUUGGACUUCCUAUGUGCUAUAGGGUACAACAAGACUGUCUUGAAGCUUUUCUCCGAUGCUCCUCACAAGUGCCCCAAACACCCGAGGAUCAUGGACCUGAACUACCCUUCGAUCGCGGUCCCUGAGCUCAAGGAUGGCUCAUCGAUCACUGUGACUAGGAAGGUGAAGAAUGUCGGGGAAUCACCAGGCAGGUAUGCUGUCAGGAUCAAGGAACCAAAGGGUGUUUCCAUUUCGGUGAAGCCUAAUGUCCUGAAGUUCAACAAGGUUGGGGAAGAGAAGACGUUUAAGGUGACACUGAAGGCUAAGUGGAACGGUGCAGCUGAUGAUUAUGUGUUCGGAGGGAUUACGUGGACUGAUGGGAUCCACUAUGUUAGGAGUCCCAUUGCAGUGUAUGCUGUUUCUGCUUAG